ACAAUGCAUCUCUUUUCCAGGACUGCAAACAUCCUCCUCCCAUCCUGUGGAUUAAAUCAAAGCUUCUCAUUGUCUUUACCUCAUUUAAUCGGUAAGCCUUCAAAGGUGCUGAAUGUGGACCUGAAGAAUGAACAGCUGUAGAAGGGCCCCUUACGUUCUAUGAAGCAAAACCAGGCCUCUUGCAGUGUCUUCAAGGAUUACAGUUGAGAAGAUCAUGGAUGUCUCGAGUCCCAGAACUGAUGCCCUAUCAAUGGAGCCCAGUGCCAAGCUGUUUUGCUGUGGUUUCGUGAGGCGUUGCAUCCCUCUGGUGCAUAGAGAAGAGCUAUACCACAUCCUGCGCAUGACUGGACCCCUGCUUGUGUGCCGGUUCCUGAAUUUCCUCCUUUUCUUUGUGGUGACAAUGUUCUGUGGCCGCAUGGGGAACACUGUGUUAGCAGGCUAUGCAAUGGCCUCAGCUACAAUAAAUGUAACAGCUGCAGCGACAGGGUUGGGACUUGCUUUGGCCUGCGACACUUUGGUAUCACAGACAUUCGGGAGUAAGAACCUUCUCCGUGUAGGUGUCAUCCUGCAAAGAGGCAUCCUAAUUCUGGCGCUCUUCAGUUUGCCCUGCUGGGCUUUGCUUCUGAACACCCAGCCUCUGCUUCUCUAUCUGGGGCAGGACCCUGAAGUGGCCAGGAUUGCACAGCUCUAUGUGGUUGCAUAUUUGCCAGCAAUUCCGGCCAUGUUUCUCUAUCAGCUGCAACUGUCAUAUCUUCAGAACCAGGGAGUGAUCAAGCCUCAGAUGUAUGCAUCUGCAGUUUCCAAUGUUGCCAAUGUGAUAGUGAACUACUUUCUCCUGUACUGGUGGGAUUAUGGAGUCUAUGGGUCUGCUGCUGCAAACACCUUUGCUCAGGUUUUUAAUUGUUUUGCCCUGUUUUGUUUCAUUCGCUGGCAGAGGCUCUAUGAGAAAACUUGGGGAGGGUGGUCUUCAGAAGCCUUCCAGGAUUGGGGUUCCUACAUGAAGCUGGCCAUUCCCAGCACACUGAUGACCUGUUUUGAAUGGUGGAUCUAUGAAGUUGGAGGCUUCCUGGCAGGAAUGCUGAGUGAGGUGGACCUGGCUGCUCAACAUGUGGUUAUAAUGCUGGCGUACAUCAACUACAUGAUCCCGUUAGGAUUGCAAGGUGCAGCGUGUGUUCGUGUGGGAAAUGCACUCGGCGCUGGGGAAACAGCUGCUGCAAUCCUCACCAGCAAGGUGUCUCUCAUCAGUGCAGCUGUUAUAGCAAUCUUUCAAGGUUUUAUCCUGGGCUCGACAAAAACAGUCAUUGGCUACAUAUUCACUUCCGAUGAGGCUAUAGCAGAACUUGUGUCUCAGCUACUGAACAUCUACUGCCCUCUUCAGUUCUUUAAUGGAAUAUUGGGUGUUGGCAUGGGCAUUCUGCUUGGCACAGGGCAGCAGAAGAUAGCCGCUAUUGCUAACCUCUUUGGCUACUACUGCAUUGGCCUCCCAUCGAGCAUUGUUCUAAUGUUCACAGCCAAGUUACAAGUUGCUGGCUUCUGGCUGGGCCUCCUCAUUGCGGUCUUUUUGCUAGCGAUUUUUUUCAUUGUGGCUAUUUUCAAAUUAAACUGGAAGAAAAUGACAGAAGAGGCAAUUGAGCGUACUGCAAAGAGUGCAAAUGGAGCAAUUACCCCGAGCCAUCGCAACAGCUUCUACCAGGUGGUCCUGAAUGCAGAGAAUGGGAAUGGAUAUGUGGUUGUGGGCUCUCACGAUCAGGAUGAGGGACUCAACUGUACUGUGGUACACGAGGGGCCAAACGUGACUCAAGUGGAGGAAAAGCCUGCAGUUCUGCUAUCUACCGCUCAGCUGAUCCUCAGGAGGGGUCUGACCAGCCUCGCAGCUCUUCUCAUCCUAGCUGCAGGGAUAGCUGUGCAUCUCACUGUGCCUUUACCUGAAGUGUCUUAUGGUGCUGGUACAAAUUCUAGUCUGGACUCAAACUUUACCACAGCUACUCCCAUUUAGUCAGUGAGCAUCAUUUGAAACCUGGACCUCAGAUAGAUUUACUGUGAAUGUUUUCUAUCUCUAUGCUGUGCAAAUGAGAGGUAAUGAAGAAACUGUAUUGAAUUAGAAAUAUAGAAGCAUUUUAACAUUGGUCUGAGGCUGUAUAUUGUGACCUAGACAGAGGAUCAUAUUUUUAUUCUGUGUGCACUUGCACUGUCCACAGCAUUAGACCAAGUAGUAAGAAAAUCAAACAGCUUAGCAUCAAAAAGGUCUGUUCUCCACUGGCACAGUCAUAUAAUCUCUUCAGUUGACAUUUCUAGUCAGGCGGCAGCUGGAGAAAUACUGUCAAAAAGAUGUUCUAUAGAGCCACUGUCAUAUAUUGAAAAAUCUGUAUUAUUAAACAUGGUGGAAUAGUUGAAACUUGAGGGGCUGUUCACACAGAAAGCGUUUUUGCACUGGAAAUGCCAGUUGCAGGGCAGUGGAAUGAAGAAAAAAAGGUUGCUGUCUUUUUAGAACAUCGUGUAAUGUGUGAGAUACUGCAAAAGGCACAAGAAGGGGCUGUUCACACACAACGCAUUUUUUAAUUCCACUCUGUUGUUAUUCGAUUGAUGUAAAAUAUGCGAUAGAUGGGGAUGUUUCAACAUGCCUUUCUAAAAACAUGGCCAUUUACUUGAGUGCCACAUUUUCAGAAAACUGUGUCUUGCCUGAGAUGCUGUAAAAUACAUGAGAUGCAAGCACAACAGUCAAACACGUUGACAUAGGAAAAUCAAUGACAACACAGUGCAGUGGAAUACAAAACCGCAUUCUGUGUGAACAGCCCUUUACACUGCCUUGGAUCUCACGUUUUUAAACACAAAAACACAAAGAACACGGUCUCUAAAGUCUACAUUAGAAGCAUGCUCAUCCAUAUGUACUGUUGGAAGUAGAGCAAUCAUGUGACAUAUUGUACAUCAGAAACAAAAAAGGUUAUCUGUUUAUACUCGCCGUUACGGCAAAUCUAGUGUAGAGCGAAUCACUGAUUAUAUUAUCUUCUAUUUACUUUUGUCACAUCAUGUGGUUUGCGUCUGGUGUAUACAUAGUGCAACCUUUUGUGAGAUUACUACAUUUUUUUUACCUACGUUUUAACCCUAUAAGACUUCAUAUGACUAAUACAUAAAUAUAUUCACAUACAUGCUGACAUGUCUAACAAGGCUCCUAUAGACCAUUAGGAUUAACUAACCAAAGGAAUUUAGCAGAUUAAACCGUCUGAUGUGACUGGGACUGUGAUCUGGGCUGUUUUCAGAUGAGUUUCAUGUGUGGAAAGAUAAUUCAGCUGCAGGGAGCAAAGAGUGUUAUUAAUGGGGGUUGUCUCAUUGGAAAUAACGAAGUCAAUGACAUAAUUUAAAUUGAACAAGACAUAUAAACACACACAUGCCCUGUGGAGGACAGUCAUUUUACAGUCAUUUUAAGCACUGUUUGUUGUAAAAAUAUAAUCUAUAAUUAGAUGUAGUUCCUACUUUUAAACCGCUGCAAAGAUUGCACAUAGUGGAUUUAAAGCAGCUUAUCACAAGUGAAAUCCCUGGGUCAAUAAACUACUAUCCCAUUUUAUUCAGAGUAUCUGGGGUUAUUUUUUCUAUAGCAGCUAUAGUCAGAGCCAGGUCACUUAAGGAUGAAUAGAAUAAAAUAAAAUAAAAAUGUAAUGAAAUUGGAAUGAUGCAAUGUACAUCCCCUGAUCAUAGUGUGUUUGUCCAGUUUGAAAUCCAAGGUCGUGUAUGUGAUGUGCUGUGGCAUGGUUUCAGUCGGCAUGAAAUGGAAGUUGUAAUAGUCUUUUCUUCCAUAUUGCAAUGAUGUCUGAGUAAAACUGCUU